AAAACCCAGUUCGGCAGUUUGAAUUUGCACAGACUUGCUGUAUGUUACAAUAGAUGCCAUUGCCUUAUUUUUUAAUUACAGCAUGAGAAUAACGCUUAAAUUGUCAUUUUUUCACUUUUAGGUUUAAAUUUAGUGUCAUUUUAUCUCCUUUUGAUAUUACUGGAUUUUAUGGUAAAAAGUAUUUGCCACUUCUGAAUUGAGAGAGACACAUUUAUUUAGCAUAUUUACAUACUUUCUUGUUUUCAAUGUUUCUACAGCCACAGCUUUAGACGUCAAUACAAAAUAAUAUAUUUUUUAUUCUCAGAAGGUGAAACAUCUGCUGCAUGUUUUCUAUUCUACAAUUCAGUUACAAUUAUGUUUGAUGCAUAAUUUGACAUUGAGUCUCCAGUCUCAAUAGUGCUCCUUGAUGUUUUCGGCUUCCGGUCCGCCCAUGUCUUGGGUGUCUCUGCUCCUAACUGCGUGGUCCUCCAAGGCUCCCUCCCUGCUGCUUGUUGUGAUGGUGAGCAGGGAUGUGGGGCUCAGGGUGGGUCUGGAGGGGGUGCAGACCUCCAUGUGCUCUCGCUGGGGCUCUAGAGUGGAGGACUUCAACCAAGGUCAGGAUGGAGAUGUUGUCAUCGGCGGGCUCUUUAACCUUCAUUACCAACCGCCGGUUAUAGACCAGGAGUUCAUUAAGCCUCCGUUCUACAAUCCAUGCACUGGGUUGCAAGUGGAGACACUGAAGGCUGCCUAUGCUAUGGAGUUUGCAGUGGAAGAAAUCAACAGAAACCCCCUCAUUCUGCCUGGUGUGAAGCUCAACUACAGAAUCCUCGACUGCUGUGCAAGACACCCCUGGGUGCUGCAUGGAGCAUUCUCGCUGGUUGGGGGAGAGAUGGAGAGUUGUAACUCCACAGCCAUCACGCCACAAUCACAUGUAUCUGGACCAUCUUCAUCUAUGAGAGGGGGCCCAUCUGUACCGCUGAUCAUCGGUGGGGCUUCUUCUACCACAGCUAUAAUACUGUCUAGGACACUGGCCUCUCUCUCUGUUCCAGUAAUUAGCUACCUUGCUAGCUGUCCCUGUCUUAGUGACAGACAUCGGUUUCCUAACUUCUUCAGGACCAUUCCCAGUGACGUCUACCAGGCUAAGACCAUGGCCCGACUUGCAAUACUCUUCAACUGGACAUGGAUUGGAGCAGUCUUUGCAGACAAUGAUUACGGCCGACUGGCAAUUCAGACAUUUCAGGAGGAGAUUGAGGGAUCAGGGGUUUGUUUGGCUUUUUCAGAAGCUGUUAGCAGGGAGACUAUUGAGGAAGAUGCAAAACGUGCAGCUACCACUGUUCAGCAUUCCACUGCAAGAGUGAUACUGAUCUUUUGCUGGUUUACAGACGUGGGGGAGUUGUUUCUUGAACUGGCCAAGCGAAAUGUGACUGAUAGACAGUUCCUAGCCAGUGAGGCUUGGAGUACUAGCAGCGAUCUUUUGCAAGAUGUUGCCAUUUUGAACGUGGCAAGUGGUGUGUUAGGUGUUGCUAUACGAAGUGCAAGAAUAGCAGGAUUUAAAAGUUUUCUCCAGCACUUAAAGCCCUCUGAUCGUCCUGGUGACCUGCUUUUGAGAGAAUUCUGGGAAAAGGAGUUUGGAUGUAGACUUUCAACGACACCAUCUCAUCCUCAGUCCAUGUCUGAGAGUUCAACUACAGCAAGUAUCUCUGGCCCAUCUUCUGGCAACAGGUCUCCACUGACAGCUCCCCUACCACUGUGCAGUGGGAGCGAGACUCUCGAAGGGUUAGAGAAUGUUUUUACUGACACUGCCCAUUUAAGGGCCACGUAUAACGCCUACCUGGCUGUGUAUGCUGCAGCCCACGCUCUCCAUAAACAUCUCACGUGCCCGGAUGAGGACAGUCCUCCAAGAGACAACGGCUCCACCUGUAGCUCACCUUUUAACAUUAAGCGAAAAGAGUUGUUAGAGCACCUGAACAGGGUGAACUUCACUACUCCAAACGGGGAGGAGUUCUUCUUCCAAGGAGCCGACAUCCCAGCUGCUUAUGACCUGGUCAACUGGAAGACCUCCCCUGAUGGGUCACUGAAACUAGUUCUGAUUGGUCGAGUGGAUGGCCUGGAAUUACACUUGAACAAAACAUCUAUUCAGUGGACGACAGGCUCCAAUCAGGUGCCUAUUUCUGUAUGCAGUGAGAGCUGCCCCCCAGGAACCCGAAGAGCCAAUAGGAAAGGGGAGCCUGUCUGCUGCUUUGACUGUAUCCCCUGUACUGAUGGAGAGGUCAGCAAUGAGACUGGUUCCCAUCAGUGCAGGCGAUGUCCUGUUGAGUUCUGGUCCAACCCGGGGAACACGGCCUGUAUUCCAUGCAAAGUGGACUUCCUGUCUUUUAAUGAGACAAUGGGAAUCAUCCUGACAGCUGCAGCUGUGUCCGGGGCUGCAGUAACGACAGCUGUGUUUGCGGUUUUCCUACGCUUUCGAAACACUCCGGUGGUGCGUGCAAAUAACUCGGAACUGAGCUUCCUGCUCCUCCUGUCACUCAAGCUCUGCUUCCUGUGUGCGCUGGUGUUCAUUGGUCGUCCCUCCGUGUGGUCCUGCCGCUUACAGCAGGCAGCUUUUGGGAUCAGCUUCGUCCUCUGCGUCUCCUGCCUUCAGGUGAAGACCAUAGUGGUCCUGGCCGCUUUCCGCUCAGCUCGGCCAGGAGCUGGAAGCCUGAUGAAGUGGUUUGGUCCGGGCCAGCAGAGAGGCAGUGUCUGUUUCUUCACCAGCAUACAGGUGAUCAUCUGUACCAUAUGGCUAUCCCUCAGCCCUCCUGUGCCUUAUCGUGACCUUGGUUUCCAGGGGUCAAAGGUUAACCUAGAGUGUUCCAUGAGUUCAGUGGUGGGCUUUGCAGUUGUCUUAGGCUACAUAGGCUUCCUAGCCUGCCUCUGUCUCCUCCUUGCUUUCCUGGCUAGGAAACUACCUGAUAACUUCAAUGAGGCCAAGUUCAUCACCUUCAGCAUGCUGAUCUUCUGUGCUGUCUGGGUGGCCUUUGUCCCAGCCUACAUCAGCUCUCCAGGGAAGUACUCAGUGGCUGUGGAGAUCUUUGCCAUCCUGGCUUCUAGUUAUGGCCUGCUGCUGUGCAUCUUUGUUCCAAAGUGCUUCAUCAUCCUUCUGAGGCCUGAAAGGAACACAAAGAAACAGCUGAUGGGCAGAUAGGAAAGUUUAGGUUUGACUCUCCAAAAGCAAUGACUAAAAUAUUUUACAAAUAUCAUCUUUAAUUCAUGUGCUGUUUAUCUAUUUCUCUCAUUUUGCCCUGAACUCAACUGUAAAAAACAAUCCAUCUUUACUGCUUAAAUACAAAAAAUAUACACAUUCUUAGUCACAUCCAUGAGACUUUUGAAUGGUUGAACCACUCUUUGAACUGUAUCCUCUCGUUUUAAUACCUGGAAUCUUUUUGAACUGUAUCCUCUCGUUUUAAUGCCUGGAAUCUUUUUGCAUUAUUUAUUUAUUUCUUCUCCACUAUGGAGGUAAUACUAUUCAUUCAUUAGCCAUAGGCAAGGAUUUUUUUGCGGGGCUGAUGGUGUGUGUGCGCGCGUGUGCGUGUUUUUGUUUAUUGUAUGUACUGUUGGGUAUGGACACACCCUGCUGCUCCUCCACAUCUGAAGUUCCUAACGAAAAAAUAAAGUUAUUUGAAUUUAAUUGAAUUAGUUCAGUUAACUAAAUUAUUGAGAAUGCUUACCACCAAAAUGAUGUGCUCACAUGUAAAAUUGCUUGCUUGAUCAUUUCUGACAAAAAUACUAUUACUAUCUUUAUAAAAUAAUGUAAUGUACAUAUUGCAUAGUGAACAGUAUAGAAUAAAGACUUUUUAAGAAUGAUGCAUUCCGUUAUCGAAUAAAUUCAAAUAAUAACGGGUAUGUGUGUGGGUGGUUGGUUCAACCGGCUCAGUCAGACUCUUUCGACUUUCUAUAUUAUCUUGAGUUUUUCCUUUACAUAUGAUGUGAUCAUCGUACUAUAUUGCUUUAGAGAGUCCAAAACAACCUUCUAGAGACAAUGUUGCUUUUCAUACAGGAUAGAAGUCAUUGGACCUCGCCAUCGAAAGCCAAGCCAUCCAGAUUCAUGAAUGAGAAGGCCAUGUGUUUCACAUGCCACUCCUCUUUGAGAUGGCCCUGGCCAGGGUAACUACAAUCAGGGAAC